CCACUGUGCCGUGUUUUGCUCUGGGCUACAGUUUUGUCAUGCAUAAAACUUCCGUGAAUGAGAUACAACAACAGAGAAGCGUUACAUCGACUAACUAAACUAAUAAUCUGAUAAAUCCGUUUCCAACGGUUGGCUAUUUGGCCUCGACCACCCUAUGCGUCCCCAGCAGAGCUAAUCUGUGACCUACCUUGUACUUUGGCUACGGAAUGAGAGGAUCACCUGCCGAACCUGCUAACCGGCUAAGCUAGCUCCUACUAGUGGUUGUUGUGCUUGUUUUGUGACAUUAUUUCAUACUGUUCCUACCACGUCGUCCUGGUUCGAGGUGUUCUGCCUUCGGCAGGGUCCGAGGGGCCGCUUGUAGGGCAUCUCUACCAAUCUGAGGGGGAAUACAUGUGUUAAAGACACACACACACACACACACACACACACACACACACACACACACACACACACACACACGCAGCCAUUGAUCAAUCAAGGAUGACCAUGGAAGACAUCAAGAAUGAAGUGCAAACAACCUCAAUGGUUCCGAUGGCGCUGUACACCGUGAUGUAUCCUGUUUUUAACCAGUUGGAGAAAGUCAAUUUAUCGGCCGCCCAGACGUUGAGAGCAGCCUUUAUCAAAGCCGAGAAGGAGAAUCCCGGACUCACCCAGGACAUCGUCCUAAAGAUUCUAGAGAAGAAGAACCUAGAAAUCAACUACGCAGAGUCUCUCCUUCGCAUGGCUACAGAAGACGUAGAAGAGUUCCUGAUUGACAGGCGGGAGCCAGAGUUCCAGGAGCUGAACGAGCGGGCCAGAGCUCUGAAGCACAUCCUGAGCACCAUUCCGGAUGAGAUCAACGACAGAGUGCGCUUCCUGCAGACCAUCAAAGACAUCGCCAGUGCCAUCAAGGAGUUAUUAGAUACAGUUAACACGGUCUUCAGGAAAUACCAGUAUCAAAACAGACGGGCUCUGGAACAGCAAAAGAAAGAGUUUGUCAAGUACUCCAAGAGCUUUAGCGACACGCUCAAAACCUACUUCAAAGAUGCAAAGGCUAUAAACGUGUUUGUCAGCGCCAACCGACUCACCCACCAAACCAACAUGAUACUGCAGACCUUCAAGACGGUGGUGUAGGAGCUCAAAUACGCACGCACGCACACAUACACACACAGACAGACACAUUGACACACAGAAACAUGGACACGCACACGCACACGCACACGCACACGCACACACACACACACACACACACACAUUGAGUUUUUUUUAUGAUUAGAAACUAGAAGAAGCUUUUAGAAAUUGUAAGGGUAUUUUAUUUUCUGGGGUGUAUAAUUUAUAAUUCUUUAGCUUUGAGAAAUCAGGUAGUAAAGGUUCAAAGUGAGUUAGUUUGAAAAUAAUUGCCAGGGCAUUUUAACUUUCUUUAGGCUGUCCUUUUAAAAAAUAAAUCUAUUUUCGUAUGUCCAUGCUGCACCUUUCCUGCACAAGCUGCUCCAGUCUGUUAGGAGUUCCUUUUUUUUGCAAUCAUAACCAGUUUGGGGAUAUGCAGUUGAUAGUUUACCUCCGGAAAGCUUAGAGAAGGAAGGGACAGAUGGUCAACGGUAAUGUAAUAAUUUUAAUUUAAUAAUUUAACUUACUCGAAAACCGCCUUUUCUGGUCAAAUUCAGAUGAUUAUAUAUUUCUGGGAUUGUACUUUUAUUUGAAAUUCUAAUAUAUUUUCUACCAAACAGAAAAAAUAAAAGUUCAUAAGAUUAACAAUUAUGAAAAAUAAGACAAAGAAAUAGAGCAUUUUUUAAAUGAGAAGAUUGUGAUGAGAACUGCAUUAUGUCUGGCACAAGCUUGCUGUCCAUUUCUCACACCAGGUUAAAUACAUUAAUAUACAAUUGACUGAAUUAAAUUAAAAUGAUUAUGAUUUAAUGAUGAUUCCCAACAAUAUUGCAAUGGCUAAUCUACUGUAAUACUUUUUGUGGCCCAAUAUUUCUAUUUUUAUACAGCCAGCCAUUUAAAUAUAAAUACAGCAGGUUUGUCUUGGUGUGUAGUCAUUUUAUUGGGAGCUGCUUUCUUUUAGCCAGUGAGAACUUUCAAAGUUCAACAGAAUUGUACUUUACAACAAAAUUGAAUGUACAUACUUUUUCUUCAUUCCUGUAACUCAAGAAACUGUUUUAAUCGACUACCUAUUUUAGCCCUGUAAAAAUGGGCACAGGCACAUUCCUUUAACCAAAUGUAAAUAAAUCAUUGGGAUCUGA